GGUCUUAGGCGAUCGCACAGUUCUUUCUGCACCGCUGAGGUGGCAGGUCGCGAAAAAUUAAUAACUCCCAUUGGAACUUAACAAGUUUUUUCUGCUCUAGUUGAUAGACCCCCGAUUCGAUAAUGGGUGACAUGUUCCGCAGCGAGCAGAUGGCCUUGUGCCAGCUGUUCAUCCAGCCGGAGGCGGCCUACGCCUCCAUCGCCGAGUUGGGAGAGAGUGGAUGCGUCCAGUUCCGCGAUCUCAACGAGGAGGUGAGUGCCUUCCAGCGGAAGUACGUGACGGAGGUGAGGAGAUGCGAUGACAUGGAGCGGCGCCUCCGCUUCGUGGAGUCCGAGAUGAAGAAGGAUGGAGUCACAUUGCCCGUACUCAAACCGGAGGACGAACCAGGAGCCCCGAAUCCCCGCGAGGCUGUCGAUCUGGAAGCUCAACUGGAGAAGACCGACAACGAACUGCGCGAGAUGUCUGCCAAUGGAGCCAGUUUGGAUGCCAACUUCCGGCACAUGCAGGAGCUCAAGAGCGUGCUGGAGAACACGGCGGGCUUCUUCUCCGACCAGGAGGUCAUCAACCUGGACAUCAACCGAAGGCUGGACCCCGAGGACCCAAACAAUCUGCAGGGGGCAGCUCAACGUGGUCAACUUGCCUUCGUUGCCGGAGUUAUUAAGCUGGAGCGAUUCUUCAGCUUCGAGCGGAUGUUGUGGCGCAUUUCGAGGGGAAACAUCUUUUUGCGAAGGAAUGACAUCGAAGGACUUGUGGACGACGAGGAGACCGGAAGACCGGUGCUGAAGACCGUCUUCGUGGCCUUCUUCCAGGGAGAGCAGCUAAAGCAGAGGAUCAAGAAGGUUUGCACUGGAUAUCACGCCUCCGUUUAUCCCUGUCCCAGUUCGCAUGCCGAGCGAAUGGAGAUGAUCAAGGACGUGAAUGUCCGCCUGGAAGAUCUUAAGUUGGUCCUCAGCCAGAGUGCCGAUCACCGCAGUCGAGUGUUGAACUCUGCCUCCAAGCAUUUGCCAAGAUGGUCAAUCAUGGUGCGCAAAAUGAAGGCCAUCUACCACAUCCUCAACUACUUCAAUCCCGAUGUGACCGGAAAGUGCCUCAUUGGCGAGGGUUGGGUGCCCACCAACGACAUUUCCACGGUCCAAGAAGCUCUGGCCAGAGCCUCGAAGAUCUCGGAGAGUUCCAUUCCAGCUUUUAUGAACGUAAUUGAAACGAACGAAAUGCCACCAACCUACACGAGAACCAACAAGUUCACCAGUGGCUUCCAGAACUUGGUUGAUUCCUAUGGAAUGGCUUCCUAUAGGGAAGUGAAUCCUGCUCUUUAUGCCUGCAUCACCUUCCCCUUCCUGUUCGCUCUUAUGUUCGGUGACAUGGGACACGGUCUGAUCCUCGUGUUCUUCGCCGCCUUCCUGAUCAUCAAGGAGAAGCAGCUGGCGUCGAUCAAGGAGGAGAUCUUCAACAUCUUCUUUGGCGGUCGCUACAUCAUCUUUCUGAUGGGUCUCUUCUCCCUUUACACUGGCUUGAUCUACAACGAUGUGUUCUCCAAGUCCAUGAACCUCUUCGGUUCCGGUUGGCACAUGAACUACACGAGAGCCGUGGUUGAAGAUGAAAAUCUGAAGGCCAUCACCCUCAGGCCAAAUGACACGGUUUUCAAAACGUAUCCUCUGGGUGUGGAUCCCAUUUGGCAGCUGGCCGACAACAAGAUCAUCUUCCUGAACACCUUCAAGAUGAAGCUGUCGAUCAUCGUGGGAGUGCUCCACAUGAUCUUCGGAGUCUGCAUGUCGGUCAUUAACUUCGCCUACUACAAGAAGUGGGCCAGCAUCUUCCUGGAAUUCCUGCCGCAGGUGCUCUUCCUGGUGCUGCUCUUCGGUUACAUGGUCUUCAUGAUGUUCUACAAGUUCGUCACCUACAACGACACCGUUGAGGGUCCCCUCUCGCCCGCUUGUGCCCCCUCCAUCCUGAUCCUGUUCAUCAACAUGAUACUGCAGGGCAGCCAGGACACCCCAGAGCCGUGCAAGGAGUUCAUGUUCGAGAGCCAGAAGAGCAUCCAGCAGGUCUUCGUCAUCAUCGCCGUGUUGUGCAUUCCCUGGAUGCUCCUGGGCAAGCCCCUCUACAUCAUGUUGAAGAGAAAGGCCAGCGGAGCCCCUACCCCAAAGCCCCAAAGCGAGGGAGGCGGAGGCGGCGGUGGUCAUGGCGACGACGAACCCAUGGGCGAGAUCUUCAUCCACCAGGCCAUCCACACCAUCGAGUACGUCCUCAGCACGGUCUCCCACACGGCCUCCUACCUCCGCCUCUGGGCCCUCUCCCUCGCCCAUGCACAGCUCUCCGAAGUGCUGUGGAGCAUGGUGCUGGCAAAGAGCUUCAAGUUCGAUAGCUACAUUGGUGGCAUCGUCAUCUACUUGUUCUUCUGGGCUUGGUCCCUGCUCACAGUUGGCAUCCUGGUGCUCAUCGAAGGACUCUCGGCCUUCCUGCACACACUGCGUUUGCAUUGGGUGGAGUUCAUGAGCAAGUUCUAUGAGGGCGCUGGUUACGCCUUUGAGCCUUUCGCCUUCAAGACCAUUCUGGAGGUCAGCGAGGACGACUAGAGUAGGACGGUAUCCACAGGAGAGUCCACAGGAGAGAGUGAGAGAGCGCAGGACGCACUUCCUUAAAGCAUUUUCCGUUCAUUUCCUUCCGCUUCUUGCGUUUGUUUUCACAAAGAAAUUAAAUUCGAUUGAUAUGCAUACAGAA